AGCCGGCGGCGCGGAUUGAAUGAGCCCGCCGAGCCCCGGCCGCCGUCGGGAGCAGCGCAGGCCGCGAGCCGCCGCCACCAUGGCCACGCCGCUGACCGGCCGCGCGGGCGGGCCCGCCACGCCGCUGUCGCCCACGCGCUUGUCGCGGCUGCAGGAGAAGGAGGAGCUGCGCGAGCUCAACGACCGCCUGGCGCACUACAUCGACCGCGUCCGCGCGCUAGAGCUGGAGAACGAUCGGCUCCUGCUCAAGAUCUCAGAGAAGGAGGAGGUGACCACGCGCGAGGUGAGUGGCAUCAAGGCACUGUACGAGUCGGAGCUGGCCGACGCCCGGAGAGUCCUGGAUGAGACCGCUCGAGAGCGCGCCCGGCUGCAGAUAGAGAUGGGGAAGCUGAGGGCAGAGCUGGACGAGGUCAACAAGAGCGCCAAGAAGAGGGAGGGUGAGCUCACGGUGGCCCAGGGCCGAGUGAAGGACCUGGAGUCCCUGUUCCACCGGAGCGAGGCGGAGCUAGCAGCCGCCCUUGGUGACAAGCGUGGCCUGGAGAGUGACGUGGCUGAGCUGCGGGCCCAGCUGGCCAAGGCCGAGGACGGUCAUGCAGUGGCCAAAAAGCAGCUGGAGAAGGAGACGCUGAUGCGCGUGGACCUGGAGAACCGCUGCCAGAGCCUGCAGGAGGAGCUGGACUUCCGGAAGAGCGUGUUCGAGGAGGAGGUUCGCGAGACGCGGCGGCGGCACGAGCGGCGCCUGGUGGAGGUGGACAGCAGCCGGCAGCAGGAGUACGACUUCAAGAUGGCGCAGGCACUGGAGGAGCUGCGGAGCCAGCACGACGAGCAAGUGCGGCUCUACAAGCUGGAGCUGGAGCAGACCUACCAGGCCAAGCUGGACAGCGCCAAGCUGAGCUCCGACCAGAACGACAAGGCGGCCAGCGCGGCCCGCGAGGAGCUGAAGGAGGCCCGCAUGCGCCUGGAGUCCCUCAGCUUCCAGCUCUCCGGGCUUCAGAAGCAGGCCAGCGCGGCUGAGGAUCGCAUCCGAGAGCUGGAGGAGGCCAUGGCCGGGGAGCGAGACAAGUUCCGGAAGAUGCUGGACGCCAAGGAGCAGGAGAUGACGGAGAUGCGGGACGUGAUGCAGCAGCAGCUGGCCGAGUACCAGGAGCUGCUGGACGUCAAGCUGGCCCUGGACAUGGAGAUCAGCGCCUACCGCAAGCUGCUGGAGGGCGAGGAGGAGAGGCUGAAGCUGUCCCCCAGCCCAUCCUCGCGUGUCACCGUGUCUCGAGCCGCCUUGAGCAGCAGCAGCAGCGGCAGCAGCACACCGGCCACCGGGCGCCUGGGCCGCAGUAAGCGGAAGCGGCUGGAGGUGGAGGAACCCUUGGGCAGCGGCCCCGGCGUCCUAGGCACGGGCGUGGGCACGGGUGGCAGUGGCAGCUUCCACCUGGCCCAGCAGGCCACGGCCUCGGGCAGCGUCAGCAUAGAGGAGAUCGACCUGGAGGGGAAGUUCGUGCAGCUGAAGAACAACUCGGACAAGGAUCAGUCUCUGGGGAACUGGAGGAUCAAGAGGCAGAUCUUGGAGGGGGAGGAGAUCGCCUACAAGUUCACGCCCAAAUAUGUUCUGCGCGCCGGCCAGAUGGUCACGGUGUGGGCAGCUGGGGCGGGGGUGGCCCACAGCCCCCCCUCAACGCUGGUGUGGAAGGGCCAGAGCAGCUGGGGCACGGGCGAGAGCUUCCGCACCGUCCUGGUCAAUGCGGAUGGCGAGGAGGUGGCCAUCAGGACCGUGAAGCAGUCCUCAGUGCUGCGGGAGAAUGAGAAUGGGGAGGAAGAGGAGGAGGAAGCCGAGUUCGGCGAGGAGGACCUUUUCCACCAGCAGGGGGACCCGAGGACCACCUCGCGAGGCUGCUGCGUGAUGUGAACCCACACUCCUCAUCCACACACCUUUACCCAGAGCCACUGAAAACUAUUUUUAUAUCAUUGGCUUUAUUUA